UUUUUACCUUCCCGCUGGAGUUACGAAACUGUGUGACUGUGGGGCUGUAUAUAAGGCUCUCAGGCACAGCAUUCCUGGGUUUAUUACAUCUGGGAGCAGCUGGAUUUUCUUUUUUCUAGAGCUGGUCGUGCACUAAAAGAUGGACCUUAAAAUAUUCGGGCUCUUUAUUGCCCUGUUCUGCCUCAGUUCGGCAGAGAGGGACUGCCGUGUCAGCACCUUCAAAACCAUGGAAACUUUUGACAGACAACGGUAUGCUGGAACCUGGUAUGCAGUAGCUAAGAAGGACCCAGAAGGACUUUUCCUUUAUGAUGACAUUGUGGCCCACUUCUCUAUUGAUGAGGAGGGGAAAAUGACAGCAACAGCCAGAGGAAGAGUAUUUUUAAUGGGCACUAUUGAAGUAUGCGCUGAUAUGGUGGGACUCUUCCAGGACACAGAUGACCCUGCCAAAUUCGUUAUGAAGUACUACGGACUGGCAUCCUAUCUUGAAAAAGGAGUUGAUAAUCACUGGGUCGUAGACACAGAUUACGAUAACUAUGCCAUCGUCUACUCGUGUCGCGAGAUGGGUGACAACGGAGAUUGUUUGGAUGAUUACUCCUUUAUCUUCUCUCGAAAUCAAAAUGGACUUACUCCAGAGGCACAGAGAAAUGUCAGAAGAAAGCAGUCUGAAUUGUGCUUGGACAGAAAAUACAGAAUUGUCCCUCAAAAUGGUGUCUGCAAUCAGAUCUAUUGAUUUCCCAUCUACAAGAAGAAAGUCACUAAAACAUCUUAUUAUGAAACUUUAAUAGGCCUUGGAUCGGAGGCACCCAAUGGAUGAUUUAUAGCACCAAUGUACAUAUUUUAUACAAGGAUUAAUUGUAUAAUGUUUAUAGCACUUCAGAAAGCAAUCUGUGGGCACCUUUCAUUAUGUUUAUGAUUUAGGUUUCCAUUUAUGAAGCAAUAAAUAUACACAUACAUUCUAAAA